AUGACUGACACGGAUAACGACUCUCAAUUGAGACAGAGACAGGCAGAGUUCUCGAAGGAAUUGCACGGUGAAGGUGCUGCCUCGAGGAGUGGGUUUUCUGCUCUGUUGGCCAAGGAUAAGACUGCGCAGAGAGAGGCUGUCUCCAAGUACUUGAAGCACUGGGAUGGGUUGACCGAUAAGGAGGCCGAGGAGAGACGUCUUGAGGAUUAUAACGAGUCCACUCACUCCUACUAUAACGUUGUCACGGAUUUCUACGAGUACGGAUGGGGGUCGUCCUUCCAUUUCUGUAGAUUCUACAAGGGGGAAAACUUCUAUGCCGCAAUGGCUAGACACGAACACUACUUGGCGUACGCUGCUGGGAUCCAGCAGGGGGAUCUAGUGUUGGAUGUCGGUUGUGGUGUAGGUGGUCCAGCAAGAGAGAUCUCCAGAUUUACCAACUGUAACGUCAUUGGGUUGAACAACAACGAUUACCAGAUCGAGAAGGCCAAAUACUACGCUAAGAAGGCAGGUCUACAAGAUAAACUGGAUUUUGUCAAGGGGGAUUUUAUGCACAUGGAAUUUGAACCAGAGACUUUUGAUAAAGUGUACGCCAUUGAGGCUACUUGUCACGCCCCAAACUUGGAGAAAUGUUACAAAGAGAUCUACAAAGUGUUGAAACCAGGUGGGAAAUUUGCAGUUUACGAAUGGGUCAUGACUAGCCAGUACGAUGAAACUAAUGAGGCUCACAGGAAGAUCGCAUACGAGAUCGAACUCGGGGAUGGGAUCCCCAAGAUGUUCAAAGUCGACACCGCUCGUCAGGCUCUAGAGAACUGUGGGUUCAAAGUCCUUGUCGAUGAGGACCUAGCCGCUAAGGGUGACGAGGUCCCAUGGUACUACCCACUGACUGGUGAGUGGAAAUACGUCCAGACUAUCGCCGAUAUCGGGACUUUCUUCAGAACGUCGUACUUGGGUAGAAAAGUGACAAGUACGAUGGUCUCCCUGAUGGAACGGUUCGGUAUUGCCCCAGAGGGGUCCUCCAAGGUCACAGCGGCCCUUGAGGAGGCCGCCGUUGGGCUGGUUGCAGGUGGCAGAGAACACCUGUUCACCCCAAUGAUGCUCUUCGUCGCCCAAAAACCAAUGAACGACGAACAGGAAUCCUGA